CAUGUUGACUACCUCCCUGGUCAAGUGUUUGAGGGCGGUGGCUGACACCUUUCACGCAUCAGUGCUGGAGACUGCGUUCCCAGGGCAACUGUUUGCCUCCCUCGUCCAAUUGCUCCUCAUACGAGAGCCCAUCACACAGGCCCUACUCUGGCAUCGUCUCGUAGAUCACCAUGCCAAUAAAGACAAGAUUCCUCUCAACACUGAUUGGGUGAGUCUGGAGGCUGUCGGGCUCUCACUGGGUGUGGUUUUGAAAGGAUUCAUCUCUAAAACAGUCAACUCUCUCUUCACCAAUCUCCUGGAACUGGCCAAAGCUCUCUGCACUAGCCCUGCUAACACACUCGCUUUCUACCAACUCGUAUUUCUCCUGACACUGGAAUUCUCUCAUCAAGGGCUCUCAGAUAUACUGGUCUUCCUACACCAGCUGCAAGAGCUUGCUGUGAAGGAGAAAGGCCUUGAGGCACAUCACAGAGUGGUGCUACAUACUACAGUGGCGGGUGUGCUGUAUCUAGCAUCCAAGAUUAGUCGAAACGAGGUACUCAAGAUGCACAUCGAUGGAGUGAUUGCUAAGAGGAGGGAGCCAGCUCCAAAGGCUAUGGUGGGACAUUGGGAGUGGUAGUAAGGUCAUCUAGACAUGGAGGAGAAGCUGCUCAAGAGGUCUCAAAUCAUGGACCCGGGUGUCAUGGCUGAGCUGGAGUGAGAAUUGGAACUGACCAACAGCAAGGCAGAUUUUGUGUGUGUUAUGCCACUUAUGCCACUGUGAUCGACCCACCCCAUGCUGGAGGUUGAUGUGAGUUGAGACUGAGAAUGAUGCCAUUGCAAUCACUUCAGUUAGAUGAAAUAUGAGGAGAGUUGAUGUUCUGUACAGCUGGAACAUUUGGUUCAGGUUUGGAAGUGUUGUGUUUGAGAUCACGUCAGGCAGAUAGAGAAGGUGGAGCUGGUCCUCCAGGACCUCCUUCAGCUGCAAUACGAGGGCCUGGCAAUCAUGAAGAUGCUUGGGAGGGCCAAAGUGAACGUUAAUCUGCUCAUCUUCCUAUAAACAAAAGGCGUGGAUUUGACUAGCUAAUUACUUGCGUGUAUAAUUAUAAUUAUAUUCAUUGACAAUUUACAGCGCAUUUCAUUAUUACUGCGCUAUAGUUGUAAAAACCUUAAAUUUGUUUUUACUACACUAUCGCAAAUUAUCACAUUGAAUAUCA